GAUUUCUUUAUUUUCUCAUUUCUAGGGAAGAAUAGCGGCAGAAAGAAAAACAAGAUGUGAAAUCACCAUUAGCUUCAUACUGCUGUUGAACCCCAAAUCCAGGGCAGUGUUUGACACAUCAAAUGGAAAAGCUGCUGCCUGUGGGUCAGCAGGGGCCCUUGGGCUGUCACCACCAAGGCUUGUCUCCCUGAAAAGAGGCUAGCAGAAACUGGAGCCACUUCAAAACUGGUUGUCUGGGCAAAGCCAGAACUGACUUUGGGAGCUGGAUCCAACCAGCAGAAAAGAAACCAGGACUGUGUUAGAAGACUGGAAAAGCUAGGUACAAAGAUGCAGCAGGUCAUAGUACCGGAUGAGAGGCCAAGCAUCCCUGAUACCAAACUCCUGCAGGAAAGAGCUCUGUCAUCUCCUCAGUAUCCUGCCUUUGCCAAAGAUGGAAGCCAAGGAAACCUGCUGGGAGCAAAUAUCACACUGAUGAGCCAGGCCCAAGAGUCAGUGACAUUUGAGGAUGUAGCUGUGAACUUCAGUAAUGGGGAGUGGCAGUGUCUGACCCACGCUCAAAGGCACCUCUAUAAAGAUGUGAUGUUGGAAAAUUACGGAAAUGUGGUAUCACUUGGAUUUCCAUUCCCUAAACCUCCGUUGAUCUCCCGUCUGGAGCAAGGGGCAGAGCCCUGGGUUCUGGAUCCACAGGAUGGGGAAUUCCUGAGCUGCCCCUCUCCAGUAUCUACUGCCAGGACAUGGCCUGAGGAGAAGGCAGGUUUGGAACAAGAGGAGGUUUUUGAAAAUGGAGAAGUCUGUUGGGUGAAACUGAAAAGUCUCCUAAAAGUUGUGUCCCAGGAUCCAGAGGCCAGAGAAGAUGGUGUACAAGAUGUCAAAUUAGGGAGUCAACGGGAAAUGCCAAUGAGGGAGAAACUGAGAGAAGAGAAAGAAAGCUGUGAGAAAGUGACCUUCAAGAAAGGAAAGAACCAGAAGGUACUGAGAAAAAACUUCAGUUCAGACUCAAAUUGUGUUCCACAUAGAGUUCUUACAGAACAGAAACUCCAGGAAUGUGUGCGAUGUGGCACAGACUUCAGCUGGCAUUCGGACCCAAUUCUCCAUGCGCGAAUUCACUCUGGCGAGAAACCCUAUGUGUGCAAUGAGUGUGGGAAAGCCUUCAAGACCAAAACUCAGCUGUCUAUGCACCGGAUAAUCCACACUGGGGAGAAACCCUUUGACUGUACCCAGUGUGGGAAGGCCUUCAAUAGUAGGUCAGCUCUUUGCCGACAUAAAAAAUCCCACAGUGGGGAGAGGCCUCACCAGUGCAGUGACUGCGGGAAGGCCUUCGAGACCAGGAGCCGUCUGCGUAUGCAUCAGGUCAUCCACACCGGGAAGAAGCCUUACAGAUGCAGUGACUGCGGAAAGGCCUUUCAGUUUAAGCAUUCCCUUACCAUCCAUGGCAGAAGCCACACUGGGGAGAAACCGUAUGAGUGUGAGGAGUGCGGGAAGGCCUUCAGCGGGAGCUCAGACCUCAUCAAACACACCAGAAUCCACACAGGGGAGCGCCCUUAUGAGUGCAGUGAGUGUGGGAGGGCCUUCAGCCGGAGCUCAGACCUCAGCAAACACAAAAGAAUCCACAGUCAGGAGAAACCCUCUGGGUGCCUGCAGUGUGGAAAAGCCUUCAGCAGCAAGGCAGAGCUCAGCACACAUAGAAGAAUCCACACUGAAGAGAAGCCUUACAGGUGUAAGGAGUGUGGGAAAGGCUUCCGUCAUAAGUGUAAACGCCGAGCUCAUGAGCGAGAACACACCGGGGAGAAGCCCCAUCGAUGUGAGGACUGCGGCAAAACUUUCCACGAUCGGCACUGCCUCACCAUCCAUCAAAGAAUCCACACUGGAGAGAAGCCUUAUAAAUGUUCAGAGUGCGGUAGAGCUUUCAGUGGGAAAUCCAACUUGACCAAUCAUCGAAGAAUCCACAGCGGAGAGAAGCCUUACAAAUGUGAGGUGUGUGGAAGGGCCUUUCAUCAUAGCUCGGUCCUGAGGCAGCACAGAAGGAUCCACACUGGGGAGAAGCCCUAUAAGUGCGGCGAGUGCGGCACGGCCUUCCGCCAGUGCGCGGCGCUGAUUGGACACCAGCGACUUCAUACUGGGGAGAAGCCUUAUGAAUGUGAGGAGUGUGGGAAAGCUUUCAGAGUGAGCUCAGACCUUACUGGACAUAAGAAAAGAAAACAUGGAAUGUGGAGACCGAACAAAUUUGAUGAGAGUGGGAAAACUCUCUCUCCAGUAACUGUUUCUCAGACCUUUUCAUUAGUCAGUAUUUUGACCACCAACACCUGAGAGUAUCAGUUCUGGUGUUUACACUUUCUCAUUUCUUUUUCUACUUCCUGGACUGGCCCCUCCUGUCUCCUUUGUUGGUUCUUCCUGGUUCCCUGACCCCCUAACUGUGAGAUCCCCAAACUCUGGAUAUGUGGUUUUCAGAUGACAUAAUAUGACUUAAGGACAGCUUAGGAUAUGUCUGGAGAAUUGGCAGCACUUUUCCAGCCUUUUUUGAGUAUCAGGGCCCCUUAUUUGAUGAUCAACAAAUUUCACAGACACCCCGUCCUCCACGCACACACACACUACAAGUAGUUGUACUUUAAUGCUUGAUGGCAAAAUGUCAUGUGCUGGGACCUGGGACCCUGGGCUGCAAUGCUUGCAUGGGACUGAACUAUAAGGGACUAAACUAUAAGGGACUAAAACUAACUGUGUGCAUGCGCUGUUGGAGUGAGUUAUGAACAACAAGAUACUAAAAAAAACCCAAAAACCUAACUGCCACUUCUGAGGUGCUGGGAGCAAAAGCAGGGUACAGAGAGCAAAAGCUGGGUACCGCUCAUGAUUGCUGCACACAGCGCCACGAGGUGGUGGGCGGACCACCUAAGCCACCCCUCCAGCCCGACCCUUAGACCCGCCCCUGCCCUCACCCCAUCUAAGGGACCAGCUCGCACCACCCCCACUCCGCCCUAGGGAGGGAACAAGGGAACCUGUAACUUGUUUUCGCUCCCUUUUGUCACAGUGCAGAAUUUCUUGUCCGGCCUCAUCAAUUUCUGUUGAUUAAGGAGGCCAAGAACUUUAGUCGGUAACAUUCCUAGAAAAAUCUGAGGUCUUGUUGAUUGCAACAGCAUAGUGUAUGCUUUUGAAAAAUGUGUAUGCAUUUUCCAGGUGUUUAUUUUACCCACAGGCUAUGAUGUGCAUUUGGAUUUUGGACUCAAAGUCCUUAGCCCAUUUUGAGAACCCUAUAAUGUAUCCUUUCAUGUCACUUCGUCAGUCAGUCUUUUAAGAGAAUCUGGCAAGGUUUCAAUUCCAAAUUAAAUUCUGAAUAAUCCUG